AAGGAAAGGAAAAAGAAGUUUUUUUUUAAACCCCUAUUUAACAAUAUCACUUAAAAAUCAAAGUAUUCCUGGCAGUAAAGUUCAAACAAUUAACAAUGUUUUUGACUCAUAGGAAAACAGUCAAAUUUAGUUUUUUUUUUGUAUUUUUUUUUUUUUAAUUUUAUGAUUUAAAUUGAUAAUAUGGAUAGUUUCGAUGAAUUUAGAAAUGAUUUGAAUCAAAGGCCCGUAAAUACUAGAAGUUCUCUCAUUGAAUCUCACUAUCAGGCUCCAAUAGAUAACCGUUCAGGAAGGCAACAAGCGUACAAUUCAUCGGGAAGACCUCUCAAUUUGUCAGACUUUAAAAAUGAUACCAAUUCACGAUAUUUAACUAACAACACUAAUAAUAGUAUGAGCUAUGGACCCUCAGAUUCAUAUUUUCCGCAAAGGGCUUUAACUCCAAGUUGUCCAAGGGCUCCAAUAGAUAACCGUUCAGAAAGGCAACAAGCGUACAAUUCAUCGGGGAGACCUCUCAAUUUAUCAGACUUUAAAAAUGAUACGAAUUUAGGAGCUCCAAUAGAUAACCGUCCAGGAAGGCAACAAGCGUACAAUUCAUCGGGGAGACCUCUUAAUUUAUCAGACUUUAAAAAUGAUACGAAUUUAAGAUAUUUAACUUACAACUCUAGUAAUAAUAUGAGCUAUGGACCCUCAGAUUCAUGGUUUCCGCAAAGGGCUUUAACUCCAAGUUGUCCAAGGGCUCCAAUAGAUAACCGUCCAGGAAGGGAACAAGCGUACAAUUCAUCGGGGAGACCUCUCAAUUUAUCAGACUUUAAAAAUGAUACGAAUUUAGGAUAUUUAACUUACAACUCUAGUAAUAAUAUGAGCUGUGGACCCUCAGAUUCAUGGUUUUCGCAAAGCGCUGAAAGUCCAAGUUGUCCAAGGAUUUUUCAACUAGAACAAAUUGAGAGACUUAAUAAUUCAGUAACAAUUCCUACUUUUCAUCAAGAAAACCAGCUUUAUCAAGAGAAUGGAUUCAUGCCUUAUGAUGAUUCUGGAAGAACUUUUAACAUAGAAGAAUUCCAAACAAAUAGCUCCAACAGCCUCCAGCACCCAAGUUACACCAAUGCUUCUUCAAUUCAGUGCAUUAACAAAUCGAAUAGUAAGAGAAAUAGAACUAAUACUGCAGAAAUUAGUAGAUUAACUUCCCGUCAUGUUCCAAGCCCAAAGGUGAAACUUGCAGAGUCCGGAGAAAAAGAAAACAAACCAACAACAAUCCUUCAAAGUUUGGGAUUAGAAAAAUAUUCCUACAAAAAAUUCAUUGAAGAACGAGGAAAUAAUCUAUUCGAAACUUUGGUGAAAGACUCAUAUAAUCCUGGAGUCAUAGUCGAUAGUGUAAACGGAUUUGUUGAUUUUAAUAAAUUAGCUUUUGAUGCUAUUUUUGACUGUGGAUGUAUUCCCGAAGAAAUGGACGAAAAAUCAGUUCCAAUUUCAUUGCUAGAAGCUUUUAACCUGAGAAUUCAAUAUGAACAGGAUUUACGAGAUGAUUUUGAAAAACACUCAUCAUUUUGUGCGAAUAUGUCAAAAUGUGGAAACACAGUAAAACCACUUAAAGAAAAUGAACAUGUUUCAUAUCGAACUCAUCGAGAUGAAAUUAAACUUGCAAGUACUAUUGAUAUAGAUAUGAUGUCAAAAGUCGGAAAUUUUCCAGAAACGCCUCUCACCGAAGCAAUACAUUCACUUUUGAAAGCUGAGAAAAUGAAUAAUUUCGAUAAAAAUGUGCAUUUAGCUGAAGAAGCUAUUCGUUCAGCUUCUGGUGGACAACAAGAAUCAGAAGCUUUAAAAUCAACUUGUUCCUUUAAAUUGGAUCUUCAAAAGAAUGAAACAAAAACAACAAACCCAUCAUUCGAAACACUAGCAAUUAUAAGCUACAUUGGAACAACAAAGCCCAACAAUGAAUGAAAAUAUUAUAAACGAAAUUCCAAUAAAUUGAUAUUUUGUAUAUUGUUUUGUAUGAAAUGUUAAUUGUGUUAAAUGAAACUUUUGAACCGUAAUAAAAAACAACAGCAACACCAAAAAUUCAUAAAUCAAAUCACGCACAAUUUACA